AGAGGAGAAGAGAGGAGCGGAGCGGCAGUCUCUACCAUGCCAGUGCAGGGAGAAAGGCUGGAGCGCUGUCUCUCUCUCUGUCUCUGGAGCCGGAGUCCUCUGCUGCUGCUUGGACUGUUCUCUCUUCACGCACAUGCACACGGCAACAUAUUGGACGGUAUGCUGCUAAGAGACUCCGGUAGGGAGGCGGCGGAGAGUGGGAAGGACGUGAGUGGCAGCACAGCGCCUGCUCUGUCCCCCCCACUACUGUGGUGUCACUGCUACCACCACUGUCCAGAAGACUCCACCAACAACACGUGCAGGACCGAUGGUUACUGUUUCACCAUGGUGGAGGAGGAGGAGGGAGGGGUACCGGUCCAGACUGCAGGCUGCCUGGGGAUCGUCGGGUCAGACUUUCAGUGUCGGGACACAUGGAACCUGCGUCAGAGGAGAUCGCUGGAGUGCUGCACAGACCAAGAUUACUGCAACAAAAACCUGCAUCCUACUCUGCCACCGCUCAAGCCGCCGCUCUAUGUCGACGGAAAGAUCCACCACAUGGCCUUGUUGAUCUCAGUCACUGUUUGCAGCAUCAUACUGGGCGUCAUUAUUGUCUUCUGCUACUUCAGGUAUAAGCGUCAGGAGUCUCGUCCUCGCUACAGCAUCGGCCUGGAGCAGGAUGAGACCUACAUCCCACCCGGAGAGUCUCUGAAGGACCUGAUAGAGCAGUCUCAGAGCUCUGGCUCGGGCUCAGGCCUCCCUCUACUGGUCCAGAGAACAAUAGCCAAGCAGAUCCAGAUGGUGAAGCAGAUCGGAAAGGGGAGGUAUGGAGAGGUGUGGAUGGGCCGGUGGAGGGGAGAGAAGGUGGCUGUUAAAGUCUUCUUCACCACUGAAGAGGCCAGUUGGUUCAGAGAGACUGAAAUCUACCAGACCGUCUUAAUGAGACACGAGAACAUACUGGGUUUUAUAGCCGCAGACAUUAAAGGCACCGGCUCCUGGACCCAGCUCUACCUGAUCACAGACUACCACGAAAACGGCUCUUUGUACGACUACCUCAAAUCCACCACCCUCGACAAUAAAGCCAUGCUGCGGCUGGCCUACUCGUCUGUAUCGGGACUGUGUCACCUCCACACGGAGAUCUUCGGCACCAAGGGAAAACCCGCCAUCGCUCACAGGGAUCUGAAGAGUAAGAACAUACUGGUGAAAAGAAACGGGACCUGCUGUAUAGCUGAUCUGGGACUGGCUGUCAAGUUCAUCAGUGACACCAAUGAGGUAGACAUCCCUCCCAACACCAGAGUCGGCACAAAGCGCUACAUGCCUCCAGAGGUUCUGGACGAGACUUUGAACAGAAGUCAUUUUCAGUCGUUCAUCAUGGCCGACAUGUACAGCUUUGGGCUCAUUCUCUGGGAGAUCGCUCGGCGUUGUAUCUCAGGGGGGAUCCUUGAGGAGUACCAGUUGCCGUAUCAUGAGUCAGUUCCUACCGACCCUUCAUAUGAAGACAUGAGAGAGGUGGUCUGCAUCAAGAGACUACGACCAUCCUUUCCUAAUCGAUGGACCAGCGAUGAGUGUUUGAGACAGAUGGGGAAGCUGAUGACAGAAAGCUGGGCCCACAACCCGGCCUCCCGCCUCACAGCGCUGCGGGUCAAAAAGACACUUGCCAAGAUGUCAGAGUCACAGGAUAUCAAGCUGUGAGCCGCCGCUGCCAGGUGUGUGUUUACACACAUAGAAAGGGCACUAACAAUCACACUGGCACAGGCCGCACAAACUUUCUUUUUUUUUUGUUUCUGGGAAACGGAGGCAGAACAGGAAGCAACAAGGUCACUUUGGAGAUCACAGGAUCACACCCUUUGGGUCCAGAUGCCCGAACCCUGCAACACAAGUCCCAUUAAAAAAAGAAAAAUAGAUAAAAAAGAUUACAGGACAACAGAGGUUUAUUAAAACGAUCCGGUCUCACAUGGCCCUGUUCCGUCCACCAGAGGAGACGAGACGAUCUCCUUGCACACUAGUGAGGACUCCUGCUAUAGGCUCCUGUUCACAUGCUCUGAAGGCCUCGGAGAGAACGUUUGACUUGGCACUGUAGCUGCAGAGAUAGGCAAACAACAGGCUACUGACCAGCGAGUGGAAUCAUAUAUCAAUGCUUUCUGUGAAAGCUACCCUUCCUGUAGAUGAAGGUCUGAUUGACAGAACUGAAGAGAUGUACUUAAAGGCAACCUGUUACUGCAGCACCACACCUCCUUUCAAAACACAUUUCGUCACUCUUUAAUUGACAGCUUUUUUUUUUAAAUGACUGACACAAUAUGACAGAAAAUAAAAAAUAAAACAAGGUAUUUUGAGGCUUUAAAAGUUUUGUUUACGCUGGUACCGUUUGUAGACACUGAAGAAAAGCUGUACCUGUAUAUUUGAGUUGUGAUGGUCUAUGAAAGUUGUUAAAAAGUGUAUUUUUCAUGUAAAACUCAAAUUCUUUAUGUGGAAAAAAAAUAAAAUGUGUAUGUCC